CGGGGGUCUCGGGGUCCGAUCGAGCCCGGGACAGCAAUGGAAGAGUUAAUAGUUGAACUCCGUCUCUUUCUCGAACUCCUGGACCACGAAUACCUAACGUCAACUGUCAGGGAGAAAAAGGCAGUGAUUGCGGACAUCCUGCUGAGGAUACAGUCAUCCAAAGGUUUCGAGGUAAGGGAGCAUGCUCAGAAGCAGGAGGCCCCCAGCAGCCUGCCGGCCCCGCCCCAGAUGCCCCUGCCGGAGAUCCCUCAGCCGUGGCUGCCGCCUGACAGCGGGCCGCCUCCGCUGCCGACGUCCUCCCUCCCGGAAGGCUAUUACGAGGAGGCCGUGCCCCUGAGCCCUGGGAAGGCCCCGGAGUACGUCAUGUCAAAUUACGACUCGGAUGCCAUGAGCAGCUCCUACGAGUCCUAUGAUGAGGAGGAGGAGGACGGGAAGGGCAAGAAGACGCGGCACCAGUGGCCGUCCGAGGAGGCCUCCAUGGACCUGGUCAAGGACGCCAGGAUCUGCGCCUUCUUGCUGAGGAAGAAGCGCUUCGGGCAGUGGAGCAAGCUGCUCUGCGUCGUCAAGGACGCCAAACUGCUGUGCUACAAGAGCUCCAAGGACCAGCAGCCUCAGAUGGAGCUGGCGCUCCCGGGCUGCAGCGUCACAUACGUCCCGAAGGACAGCAAGAAGAAGAAGCACGAGCUGAAGAUCACCCAGCAGGGCGCCGACCCGCUGGUGCUCGCGGUGCAGAGCAGGGAGCAGGCCGAGCAGUGGCUGAAGGUGAUCCGCGAGGUCUACAGCGGCUGCAGCGGCCCCGUGGACUCAGACGUGCCGCCCCCGUCAGGCUCCCCGGUGCACAAGACCGAGCUGGAGAAGAAGCUGUCAUCGGAGAGGCCGAGCUCGGACGGGGAGGGCGCUGCGGAGAACGGAGCCACUGUGUGCAACGGGAGAGAGCACGUUAAGAGGAAGAAAAGUUCCAAAUCCGAGCCCAAGGGAACCGUGUCUAAAGUCACUGGGAAGAAGAUCACCAAGAUCAUCGGCCUGGGCAAGAAGAAGCCGUCGACGGACGAGCAGACCUCGUCCGCGGAGGAGGACGUCCCCACCUGCGGCUAUCUGAACGUGCUGUCCAACAGCCGCUGGCGGGAGCGCUGGUGCCGCGUCAAGGACAACAAGCUCAUCUUCCACAAGGACAGGACCGACCUCAAGACCCACCUCGUUUCCAUCCCCCUGCGCGGCUGCGACGUGAUCCCGGGCUUGGACUCCAGACACCCCCUGACCUUCCGGCUGCUCCGCAACGGACAGGAGGUCGCCGUGCUGGAGGCGGCGUCCUCGGAGGACAUGGGCAGAUGGAUCGGGAUCUUGCUGGCCGAGACGGGGUCCUCCACAGACCCCGGGGCCCUGCACUACGACUACAUCGACGUGGAGACGUCCGCGAACGUCAUCCAGACCGCCAAACAGACCUUCUGCUUCAUGAACAGGCGAGGCAUCUCUGCCAGCCCCUACCUGGGGAGCACCUCCAACGGCUACGCCCACCCCAGUGGCACGGCGCUGCAUUAUGACGACGUCCCCUGCAUCAGCGGCUCGUGGGACCCUGGCGACGGCCCGGGAGGCCCGGGACACGAGGUGCUCUAUGAUAACGCGGUCCUGUACGAUAACUUGCCGUCUCCGAAAAUCUUUGCACGCUACACGCCUGCGGACAGAAAGCCGUCUCGGCCGUCUGCCGACAGACUGUCCUCCUCCCAUUACAAACACCCUCCUUCCUGUGCUGCGUCCGCCACUAACACCUCUUCCCUGGGGAGGGCGUCUUCUGUCGGGCCUGGCUCCCAGCUGAAGGGUAAAAAGCCCCCGGCAGCCUCCAGUGGGGUCACGGGGAAGGGGAAGGCCGCGAGCAGUCAGCAAAAAAAACCCGAUUCAACAGCCAGCGUGAAGCGCACGCCGUCGAAUACCGACCAGUACAAAUACGGCAAGAACCGGGUGGAGGCCGACGCCAAGCUGCUGCAGAGCAAAGAGGAGGAGCUGGUGAAGAGGAAGGAGGCCCUGCGGAACAGGCUGGCCCAGCUCCGCAAGGAGAGGAAGGACCUGCGGGCCGCCAUCGAAGUGAACGCGGGCAGGAAGCCGCAGGCGGUUCUGGAAGGCAAGCUGAAGCGGCUGGAGGAGGAGUGUAAACAGAAGGAGGCCGAGCGGGUCAACCUGGAGCUGGAGCUGACGGAGGUCAAGGAGAGCCUCAGGAAGGCCCUGGCCGGCGGCGUCACCCUGGGGCUGGCCAUCGAGCCCAGGUCAGGGACGUCGAGCCCCCAGUCUCCGGGUUUUAGGCACCGGACCCUGGAGAGCUCGCCCAUGUCCAGCUGCGAAACCAGCGACGCCGAGGGCCCGGUGCCGGUGAACAGCGCGGCCGUGCUGCGGAAGAGCCAGCCGCCCGGGAGCUCCCCCUGCCGCGGGCACGUGCUGCGGAAGGCCAAGGAAUGGGAGCUGAAAAACGGGACGUAGAGCACGGCAGGACGCCCCGCCCGUGUGGCCGCAGCGCGGGACGCCAGGGUUUGUGACCGAGCUCCGACGCCAGCGCCCGCCCCGCGCACCCUCGCUGCUCCGCCGGCCCUUCUCCGGAACUUUCCCGGGGCACGCUGGUCCCCACCUCCGCUUGUCCAGGAGCAGAGGGGACGGAGAGGAGCCCGCGGGACCGGGAGCUGCGUCUUUACCGGGUUCCGCGAGCGCUCUCCCUGGGGUCCCCCGGCCCGAAUCGGCCCCUCGCGGGAGAGCCUGGCCGGGUCUCCGCGUCCCGACGCGCCGUCCCCUCGUCACUAGAGGCAGGCGCGUGACGAGCCUGUGCUGUGAAGCGUCUCUUACCUUUGUCGUCUUUUCUCUGGACAAAUGCUUUUGUCACCGUGACAAGCUGCCGUUCUUUUUAAACUUAAAAAAAAUUUCUUUUUAUCGUGUGUUGCACUUAGCUUCUGAGGGGUUUUCAGAGAUUCUGUAUCGUGUUUUAUUAUUUGUACUGCUUUCGAAAGGCGGCAGAGACACUCUGCCGCCUCACUAAUGUGUGUCCUCAGCCCCUUCCCCGGUGUCCCCCGCCCUGCCUGCCGCUCAGGGCCCACGGGCGCCUCCGAGAAUGUCGGUCCCUGGAGAAGCAGGUUCUGGGCGCCCCCCAGCCCCCUGCAGAACCACAGACCCAGCGCGGGGACCCUGGGCUGCUCCCUGCACCUGUGUGGCGUUUCCAAGAACCAGGAGAUCGGUUCUGUCCCCAGAGGGACCCUCUCAGGAAUCCUCAGUUGGGGGGUGCAGCUACCACUGAGUAAAACCAGGACCCUCUGCUGACAAACUCGGGGGCACAAGUCACACCGUGUGGAGGCUCCCUUCCUGCGCCCUGUCCAGCCGCGGUGGUGCGGGGAGCGUGUUUCUACCAGACGCGGGAGCGCGGACCAGAAACGGUCUCCGUGCCCCCCAGCCCCCCAGGCGCCUCCGCAGCUCGUCUGGAGACCGUCUGUGGCAGGGAGUGUGCACCGUGGCUCUGAGCCCGGCCCCCGUCCCUCAGGGCCCUGGCACACGGUAGCGGGUGGAGACCCCUCUCCCCGGCACCCAGCACAUCUGAGCCCCUGGGCGAUCGAGGGGGUGCCCCUGAGGCCCCAGGGCCCGUCUUCCCCGCACUGCUGCCGUCCGCAUGGGAAGCUGGACCGCCUCGCCUUGUAGGAAACCGACUUUCUGUAAAAGCAAACAGUUUGAUCCACCGUAGAUUUUUGCUGCCUUUGGUCAGUUUCUCUGCUGACGGCCGGCCUUGCCCGAGACAGCGGCGGGGUUAGGGCCAUCGGGAGGGUGUGCAGCCUGUGCGCCCGGCCACGGCCAGCACAGCCGGGCAGACCCCAGGUGGCCUGGACCCUCCCUCCGUGAGUUUGCCCAGGGACACAUCCUGUCGGAGCCAGAGCCGGGCCUAGGACCGGGACCCCGGGCCUCAGGCUCCUCACGUGCACAGCUGGCGUCUAGUUCACUCUGAUCGCCCUGAACCCGUUAAAGGGCCCACAGGCCCAGGCGGGUCCUGCACUCCGCGGAGCCAUUUGUGGGGGCCGCGGAGGGCAAGGCUGCCGACUCGGGGCUCCUUUGAUGCCGUGCGUUCCCCUCGAUGCCUUUAGAUUUGGUCAGAAAGUUAGGUGAAGGGAUUUGCUUCAAAAUAAGUUAUUUAUUUGUAUAUGUUCAAUAAAUAGAGUUUUUAAUUUAUAUCUGUACAUAUUAGACCCACAUUAGCCAUCUUGUCAGAAUCCCGACAGCGGGGUCUCGUUCCUGCCCUCCCCAGGCCUCGCCACACAGCUGCUGGUCAUGUCCCGCUGGAGAAGUCCCCUUCCCUUCCAAGCGUCACCCGACCCAUGGCAGACCAUCCUGUUCACAGAGUGAUGGCCAAACCAGCAGGGUCCUGACCCCGAGUGACAGGGAUGUGGGGCCCGCAGACAGGGCCAGCUCUGUGGUGACAGCCCUGCUCCCUUAGAAGCCACACUAUCAGCCUCGGGGCUCUCCCUCUGGUCAGAUGUCACCCACCUCCAGUUUUAUGUGUUUGUAAUGUUUGAAAGUCGCUCCCCAGCCUUUUGAGAAACAAACAGCCACCUCCGGUGCGGGCGUGGCCAGGCCACCUUUCCUUUGUUCACAGCCGUAGAGGCCGGGGCAAGGCCGACAAGCUGGCCACACCCUUGCCAGGCUUCCAGAUGGUUCCACCACAGGGUAACCAGUGUGGGUCUGCGGAGUGGUCCAGAAGGGUGUGGAGCUUUCUGGAGUGUUCUCUGGGUGACCCUUUAUACGCCGGGCGUAAACCCGUCCUGCCCCCCGCCUCUUCGUUGGCACACCUCCGUGUUGCCAAGCCUGAUCUUCCUCCGCACGCAUUUCAACUGUCCAGUUUCCAGACGCCCCAAACUACUUCGAUGGUUUGGAGAUCUGUCACCCUUUGCAAAGCCUGUUCCAAGCAGCGUGUACCCUGAGCCCUGAAGGCCGCGCCGAGGAGGGAGUCCCAGACUCGGUUCACCCACAGCACCCAUCCGGAACCCCUGUGCAGGUGCGAGGAGACAGCUGUGAGCCUGGGGCCGGCACGGGUGUUGGGGGCAGGACCCAUUUGUCUGUGGUCACGGCUUCUCUGUCCAGAAAGGAAUAGCGGCCGUCCCCGAGUGCGCUCGGGCCGGAAGCCACGUCUCGGCCGCACGCCUACUGGCCAAGUCCUGUGACGGGGCCUUCCGCGGGGGGGCAAGGCGGCGUCGCUCACACGUCCAGCGGUGUGCCUCCCUCUUUUUUUUUCUCGAAGAUGAUUGUUUAGUGGGAAAAAAUUUCAAAUCUGUGGUGUCGUUUUAAAGAGAGCAAUUGCUGUUUUGUUCCCGUUGUCAUUGCUGGCUCCUCACUGUCCCCGUGGUGGGCCGGCCGAUACUGUGAAGCCGCGAAGGGAGACGACACCGCGGGCGAGCGUGGGCUCAGCCCGCCCCGCGAGCGCAUGCGCACCAGAGUCGCCGCCCCCGCGGUUCCCGGGGCCCCACCUUCCGUGGGACAGUUCCGGUUGCGAUCUCCCAGAAAAGGUCCCCUUGCCGACAGCGGGCACGUGACCCCAGGCGUUCCGAGCCGUUGCCCUGGAAGGUACUUUGAACGUGGGAUCAUCAGAUGGAGAUGUUUAGGGACCAAAGGUGUUUUUACUAUUUGUAUUUGAUUUCUAGCAAGAAAAGGAAAUAGUGACUUUAAAUUUUAACACCAACUUUUACACUCUAUUUAGCAUUAAUUGACCAUGGCUGUUAAGUUGUAAAAUGUUUUCAUAUUAAGAUUGUAAUUAUUUCUUACUGUAUUUAAAAAAAAGCAAAAGUCCUAUUUAAAAUUCUCUUGGGAAAAAAGAAACAAACAAGAAACAUCAAAGAUUUUUUUAAUUAAAUAUGUCGCCGGUGCCCAUUUUAAAUGAUUGUAGAUAUAUUUUCACUGUAUUUCUCCAUGUAUUUAAUUCCUACAGUAAGAACUUUUAUCAAUGGAAACUUCCAACGGAGAGGCCAGUUUUCAGGCCGUGCGCUCCAUAUUGUAGUAAAUCACUUGAAUUUUCUGCUUUACUGAGUUUUCUACCGUUGUGCGCGGGCUCAGACAGGCGCCCUCGGGCGUGCCUCACUUGCGUGUUCCCAAUAAAGCUGUACGCGCCCG